CUGAUUGCCGAGCGCGUAGGUCGGGUGUGUUCGGGUCCGGUCGGAAAGACUCGUUUCUGUUGCAAGUGCGUGACCUCUUUAGUCGGCUUCAGUGCUUUUUGGUGCGUUCUGUCCUCUUUUCGUUCGGUAGUUGAUUAGCCCCUCUUUUGUUGGUUUUGGAGUGUUUUGAUUUUUGGUUAUGUUGUGAAUCCGCCGGAUGGAUGUGUAGGAUUACUCUGCAUGUUAAGUGAGACGUGCGGGCGCGAUAAUGUGGACCAGAUAGAGCCGACACCAUGAACUCUGUGCUGCUGCUAAUGCUGACACUGCUGAUAGCUACAGGGUCUCCUCAGCACUACUCGUCACAAUGGGCAGUCCACAUCGAGGGCGGCAGACAUGCAGCAGAUGACAUAGCGUCCAGACACGGCUUCGUCAACUUAGGACAGAUUUUCCCGGACCUGUGGCACUUCGAACAUCUCAAGCUGGAAAAGCGCUCGGCAGAUCCCAGUCCAGACCAUCACGACAAUCUAGUCAUGGAACCUCAAGUCAAAUGGGCGAAACAACAGGUGAUAAAAUCAAGGACGAAAAGAGACUAUUUGAGUGUCAGCAACGAAGAUUCCAGCUACAGCCUAAACGACCCAAGAUGGACUCAGAUGUGGUACCUGAACCGCGGGAACGGACUCGACAUGAGCGUGGUGGGGGCCUGGCGAGAGGGUAUCACAGGCAAGGGUGUGGUAGUGACCAUCCUGGACGACGGGCUGGAGAGAGACCAUCCUGAUCUUAUCAAGAACUAUGACCCUCAAGCCAGCUAUGACGUCAACAGCAGGGAUGACGAUCCCAUGCCCAGGUAUGACCUGAUAGACUCCAACAGGCACGGAACCCGGUGUGCUGGAGAAGUCGCUGCUACGGCCAACAACUCCCUGUGUGCGGUCGGCAUCGCCUACGGUGCCAGCGUUGGAGGGGUAAGAAUGUUGGAUGGAGACGUGACAGAUGCGGUGGAGGCGCGGUCCCUGAGCCUGAACCCCCAACAUAUCGAUAUCUACAGCGCCUCCUGGGGCCCUGAUGACGACGGUAAAACUGUUGACGGCCCCGGGGAGCUCGCCAUGAGGGCCUUCAUCGAGGGCGUCACUAAGGGGCGAUCGGGCAAAGGGUCGAUUUUCGUAUGGGCCUCAGGGAACGGUGGACGAGACAACGAUAACUGUAACUGCGAUGGUUAUACAAACUCCAUCUGGACUCUCUCAAUCAGCAGUGCCACGGAGAACGGUCUAGUGCCAUGGUAUUCUGAGGCUUGCUCGAGUACCCUGGCGACCACCUACAGCAGUGGUUCCUCGGGCGAGAGACAAGUGGUGACGACGGAUCUCCACCACAUGUGUACCAGCAGUCACACGGGCACUUCGGCCUCUGCCCCACUGGCUGCCGGUAUCUGUGCUUUGGCGCUCGAGGCUAACCGACUGCUGACGUGGCGGGACAUGCAGCAUAUCGUGGUCGCCACGGCGAGACCCGCCAAUCUCCGGGCGCCUGACUGGACUAUCAAUGGGGUUGGCAGGAACGUGAGCCACUCAUUCGGCUACGGUCUGAUGGAUGCGGCGGCGAUGGUCCGAGUUGCCCGCACCUGGCAGACCGUCCCUGAGCAACACAAGUGUGAAGUGUCUGCUCCACAUAUCAACAAGGGUAUCCCACCAAAAGGAACUCUCAGCCUAAAACUGAACGUGAAAGAGUGUACAGGAGUGAACUAUCUAGAACACGUACAGGCCAAAGUAACGCUGAUGUCACAGCGGCGCGGGGACUUACAGAUAAUGUUGACAUCGCCCUCAGGAACGCGGUCCACACUCCUGGCUCGCCGGCCCCACGACAUCUCCCGAGCAGGAUUCGACUCUUGGCCCUUCAUGUCCGUGCACACGUGGGGGGAGCAGCCCUUCGGCGUGUGGCAGCUCGAUAUCCACAACGAGGGACGAUACUUGGGACGCGCCACUCUACAUGAGUGGGCUUUGCUGUUUUAUGGUACCGAAGCGCCCCCAGGUCACCUGCCACCCCUCGCACCCCCCUACCCCGUCAACCUCCCCCCGCCGCCCAGAAAGAACAAAAACAAUAGAAAGAACAAGUCCAAUACCACGACGAAGCCUUGGCGGGGUUCCACUAAAGAGUCGAAAUCCUCCUCUAUGUACAACAAAAAGGUUGCAGCCACUUCCUCACCCUCCUCUCGGAAAACCCCCAGGCCUUCCGUCAUCUCCGCCCGGCGUCCUACCACUCUUCCGCCUACCAAGACACCGGUGGAUGUCACCGGGACCCCUCCUGUCAGUCUUAUCCUUCUCGCCCCUCCCCUCCAGCCCUCCAACUUGUCUCCGCCCCUGUACCCUGCUAUAUUCCAGAAGUACCCCAAAGUACAACAGCUUUUCCCCUACUCCCGGCUAUACGAAGGACCUCCAAGACCCUCUAAGAAGGGAAUUUCUCAAGAUGACCCUACGGAAUCGAGGAAGCCGUCAGGUCAACUGAUCGACUGGCAGAUGAUCUUCUAUGGCACGGAUUUGCCACCACAAACCUCCUCCCUGACGCCGGCUCCGGUGAGGGUGACCACGCAGAAGUCCAGUGACCGCUGGACAGACGUCAAGUCCGUCGACCGGACCAAGACUUCCGACUUCCGGGACCACAUGCUGGACAUUUCCGGUUGCCAGAGGGCCUCGGAGACCUGCCUAGAAUGUUCCUCCGGCCUACUGUUGGUAGAGGGUCGUUGUGCCCACAACUGUACCGAAGGCUACUACCCUGCCCUUACCAACGUCUGCGCUCGCUGUCACUACAGUUGCCUCUCCUGCUCUGGCCCUAACGAUUACCAAUGUUUGGUCUGCUAUGGGGACGCUCUUCUCGUUGUCUUCGACCAGGAAUCCUACUGCUACCCGCGCACUCUGGUGGAGACCAUGGACAUCACCAAGUGGUACUACAGGGCCUGUCUAGGGCUAGCGUUCAACAUCUGCCUGCUCCUGGUCUUCAUCUGCUACAUCUACUGUCAGAACCGAGGCUUCGCCUGGCGCAAACCGGUCAUGACGUCGGCUCCCUACACCAAAAGCGCGGCCAUUACUUCACCCUCGGUCAUCUACGACCUCGCCAGAGCCGAGAGCGACUCCGACUGAACGUUAUGGAUCUCGCAGAGUAGAGCUUCCUCUGGGGCUUGUGAAGAUUGUGGACCAUGUCCACUAACUCUGCAACAAACGUGCAUCGUGAAAAAUACCCUAGAAAGUAGUAAAAGGACCAAUAACGAAAUUUGAGGUUUGAAAAGAGAAAGAUUUAAUCGAAUAACCCUUCGUUACAUGUUUCUUGUACUCGCAUUGCCUGGAAAAAUCGAUAGUCAAUUCCCUGAGGUUGCUCAAUCUUAAAAGCUGUUUCAACCGGUACAUAGUUUCUUCACUCAUGAAACAUAACUAUCUAAGUCUUAUUUUAUAUGAACUUUUGCAUUUGUUUCAUGUGGUAAUCAUAUCAUCAGUUGUAACUUACAGAAAAUAUUUCUCAUGGCAACUGUUCUCGUCCAGCUUAUGAUCAAAUGUAAAUUAAUUGUGGGUUUUAGCAGACUUUGGCUGUAUUCCUAUUUUGUUUUUAACUCUUGUCACGUGCAUCGCUGUUUUUUUGUAAGAAAUAGGACGUUCUAUAAAUAAUUAGUCGAAAAUAUGUGUGAUAGUGUAUACAUAUGACGUUCCUAAUUGGGUUGUAGCAUAGAUAUGAACUGAGUUCGUAACAAUAAAACUACUUAUUAUAAAGCGUAUAGAUAUUAGCUAGAACAAACAAUGUUUUAAUAUGAUAUAUGUCAUGGAUUAUUUAAUUUAGAUGGACUGCAGAGUGUUAAUAGAUGAACAAAUACUAGUGCGUAUAAAGAUAGUACAUGUAGAGAAAAUGUAUGUGUAAUAAAACCAUGUUACAGGAUUACAUUAGCUAUAUAAGUUGUUGAAUAACAGUUCUGGGAGAUGUACAGUAUCAACUCAUUGUGUAAUAGUUACAUGCUGACUAGGAGAGUCUACAUUUCCUAAUACAUUUUAAAAAACCAACUUUUGUGGAUGCUAUAAAAAAUUACCUUUUCAGGGUAACACAAUGAAUUUAUUAUACAAAAUAUACUAAACAAAGUUUAAAUUUACUUCUUUCCAGCUUCUUUUCAAUAAUUGUGUGUUUUGUGAAUAAAUGCGUGUAUAAAAAUAA